CCGACCUCUGCGCAGCCCGCGAGGCGUAUCUCACCGGUCCUCUAUACGAUACCCUCGCCAUGUACACAGCGCAGUAGACCUCCUCCUGCGAACGAUCCAUUAGCUUCAGAGCGCAUACCUCGCUUGUUGCUGAGCGACAUCACCCCCCGAGGCGGACCUCCGAGAUGGCCGCAGCCGCCGACCGCGACAGCAGCGGGCAACAUGAGCUCGACGACAUGGCCGACAAGAAGCCCAGCCUCCCCGUCGAGGAGGACAUCAUGCAGCUCGCGCGUCUGGGAGAAAUCGGGGCCAUCCAGAAGCUCUUCCACAGCGGCAAGUUCGAUGCGACAUACACAGACGACCAGGGCAUCACACCGCUGCAUUGGGCAGCCAUCAACAACCACUAUGCGCUCUGCCACUUCCUCAUCCAGUCCGGCGCACCCCUCAACGCCAAGGGCGGCGAUGCCGUCGCUACCCCCGUCCUCUGGGCCGCCAAAAAGUGCAACUACUACGUCGUGAACCUGCUGCUCGAGCACGGCGCUGACCCGCUCCUCACCGACGACCAGGGCUUCAAUCUGCUUCACUCAGCCACCCUCGACGGCAAUGUCUACCAGCUCGUGCUCCUCCUGCACCAAGACAUCCCCGUCGACAUCCCCGACCCGCAGUCCCACACGCCGCUCAUGUGGGCCGCAUACAAGGGCUAUCCCUCUUGUGUCGAUCUGUUCCUGCGCUGGGGCGCGAACGUGUAUGCCACGGAUGAUCAGGGCUUCACGGCGCUGCAUUGGGCGCUGGUGAAGGGGAGCCAGGGGAGCAUACAGAAGCUGCUCGAGUACGGCGCGGAUCGGUUUGCCAAGAACAAUGAUGGAAAGACGCCCGCUGUCACGGCCGAGGAGAUGAACACAACCAGGCAGUGGCGCAGGGCGCUGAGUGAAGCUGGGUACAAGCCUGAUGGGAGUCCGAAGGAGUUCCCGAUCCCGGGGGUCAAGGAUACGAGGUGGUUCCUGAGCAGAUUCGUAUUCUUUUGGCCGUUUGCAAUUUUGCUUGUGGGGCUGUGGCUGGUCAGCUACUACCCCGUGUUUGUUGGAGUGCCGUUGGCCUUGAUUGGAAGUUAUGUCAUGCAGAUGGCCGCGCAGAAGCUGCUGCAGUGGGGGCCCUCGAACAUGCGGAACAUACAUCACAGCCCCUUCCUGGCCGGUAUCUUUGCAGGCACUUUGUUUUGGGUUGGAGUGCGCUAUGCAACGACAGUCAUGCCAGGAACGAUACGAAACUCAUUCUUCACGAACAUUGUCUUUGCAGCGUGUUACGGACUUACGGCCUACUUCUAUUUCUUCACCAUGUCCUCCGACCCAGGCUAUGUGCCCAAGUCGGCGAGCAGGAGCGCUUCCAAGGCCAUCAUUGACGAGUUGAUGGAGCUGCGACAAUUUGACGAACACCACUUCUGUGUGAACUGCAUGGUCAGGAAACCCCUGCGCAGCAAGCAUUGCAAGAGAUGCGAGCGUUGUGUUGCAAAGAGUGACCACCACUGCCCCUGGGUGAACAACUGCGUUGCGAACAACAACCACCGCCACUUUGUGUUCUACGUCCUUUUCAUGGAACUCGGCAUCCUCGCAUGGCUUCGUUUGGCCUGGAACUACCUCGACCACCUCCCCAAACCGAAGGACGAUGCUUGCAACGUCCUCUCUGACGACCUCUGCGAAAUACUCAACAAAGACCCUUUCACCAUCGUCCUUUCCAUUUGGGCGGCCUUCCAGCUAACUUGGGUCACCAUGCUUCUCUGUGUCCAGCUCCUACAAAUUGCCCGCAAUCUCACUACGUACGAGUCGAUGCGCGGCCACCUCAACUCGCACACCGCCGCCGAGGCAGUCACCUCUUUUGUCACCACUGGUGACACUUCUCAAGACGUCGCAGGAGGGGCAGCGAGCACAGGCCCAGCAGGUAAUGCACCCACCAACGGCUUUGGAUCCGGUCAGGACACGGGUGAUGUUCCCAAACGCCCGCAGCCUAAGCACUCGGUGUGGGAUCAGUGGAAGCGACUACUCGGCCUCGACACCUUCGUCGCCAUCGCGCUGCACGGUUCAAAUGCCGACCAAAUGCGUGCUCAGCGGCAGCGGCGUGGUAACCCCUUCUCACGAGGCAUCGUUACGAACUGCAAGGAUUUCUGGUGCGAUGACAUCAUCAAAAACCUCCAAGACCUCCACGACAUGCUCGCAGGCUACGAACAGCCCCCCGUCCAGCAACCCACCAUCGAAUCCUUGCAGCCCCCCAAGAAGUCAUUCUUCUCCUUCCUCUCCUCUUCAGAACCCAAACCGACCCUCCCCCCGAUUCCUGAAUCCCUGCCAAAGGGCAUGUACAUGUACGGCGAUGUCGGAUCUGGCAAGACGAUGAUGAUGGACCUCUUCUACGACACCCUCCCGCCCAAUAUCACACGCAAAACACGCAUCCACUUCCACGCCUUCAUGCAGUCUGUCCACAAAGACCUGCACAAGAUGAAAAUGGCACACGGCAACGACAUCGACUCUAUCCCCUACGUCGCCGCCAACAUCGCCGAGCGCUCCUCGGUCCUCUGCUUCGACGAAUUCCAGUGCACCGACGUCGCCGACGCCAUGAUUCUGCGCCGCCUAAUGGAAGCCCUCAUGGCCCACGGAACCGUAAUCGUGACGACGAGUAACCGGCAUCCCGACGAUCUGUACAAAAACGGCAUUCAAAGAGAGAGUUUCAUUCCUUGUAUUAAUUUGUUGAAGCGCCGCCUCACCGUCCUCAACCUCGACUCGCAAACCGACUACCGCAAGAUCCCGCGCCCGCCGAGCGGCGUGUACCACCACCCGCUCGACGCGAGCGCUCAGACCCAUGCAGAGCGGUGGUUCAGGUUUCUGGGCGAUUUCGACAUCGACCCCCCGCAUAAGGCGACGCAUCAAGUCUGGGGCAGAGACAUCGUGGUGCCCAAGGCCAGCGGGAAGUGCGCGUGGUUCAGCUUCGACGAGAUUAUUGGGCGCGCGACAGGGGCGGCGGACUAUCUCGAGCUCAGCAGGGAAUACGAAGCGUUCAUCAUCACAGAUGUACCUGGCAUGAACCAUAAGAGCCGCGAUCUAGCGCGGAGGUUUAUUACAUUCAUAGAUGCCCUCUACGAGAGUCGAUCAAAACUCGUACUCACUACCCAAGUUCCACUAACCCAACUCUUCCUCGACGCAUCCGAAAUGAGCGACGCCCUCAAUCAAUCCAAGUCCAAAGGCGAGAUCCCCGCCUCUUCCGAUCCUGGCGAGAACCUCGAUGACGCGAUGCGCAGCCUGAUGGAUGAUUUGGGCAUGAAUAUGACGAUGCUGAAGAACAGUUCUAUUUUUUCUGGUGAUGAGGAGAGGUUUGCAUUUGCGAGGGCGCUGAGUAGGUUGAGUGAGAUGGGGAGUCAGGAGUGGGUGGAGAGGGGGCUGGGAAUGGAGAAGUUGGGGGGCAAGAAGGAGAGGGAUGGGUGGCAGAAGGUGAGGAGUCAGUGGAGGGACGAUCUUAUGUGAGGAGUAUGUUGGAGAAGUGUGGAGAUGUGGGGGCAAGUGGAUUCAGCGAUGCAUAUAUGGCGUUGCAGUUGCGUUGCGCAAGUUAAAAAGAUCGUAUAUGAGCUGGGAGGUUGUCACGACGCUGAACGUGCAAACUGACCCAAGGCCUGACCAACAACUCUGACUCGUGACAAACCACGUGCUAGCCUGCAGAACUUACACGGUAUUGAAACAGCUGCCACGAUCUCUCUCUGUCUUCCUUCCUAUAUUCCUGAUCACAAUUGUCUCAAAUCAAAAACCU